AUGGAAAGAGACUACAAGAGAUUAGAACAUAAUAGUGCGGAGAUGAGUGGUAAGCGCACUCGUAGCUAUAGAUGCGCGGUUCACCAACGCGACCGCGAGGAUGGUGCACUUAGUAGCAAUGGAAAUGCUCCCAGAGGAGCGAGACCGCAAGUAUUACCAAGAGAGUUGGGCGUGUUCGCGUGGUACGCGUGGGGUUCAGGCGGAGUCGCGGCAGCAGCUGGCCCUGUGCCUGUGGACUCGCCAUUAGUAUACAGACCCGAUCGACGUCGCGAACUAUGGCGCUUCCUCACAUACAGCGUGGUGCACGCCGGCUGGUUACACUUAGCCUUCAACCUGCUCGUUCAACUAGCCGUUGGACUACCUCUAGAGAUGGUACACGGCGCGAUGCGUUGUGCCGCGGUAUACUUAGCGGGAGUGCUAGGCGGUUCACUAGCGGCGUCCGUCCUUGAUCCUGACGUUUGUCUGGCGGGUGCCUCUGGUGGUGUUUACGCGUUACUCGCGGCACAUCUCGCUAACGCACUACUUAAUUUUCAUGCGAUGCGUUAUGGUGCCGUGCGGCUCGUCGCUGCGCUAGCAGUGGCAUCGUGUGACGUAGGAUUCGCAGUACACGCUAGGUAUACUAAGGAAGCGCCACCUGUGUCGUACGCGGCGCACGUAGCCGGCGCACUAGCGGGUCUAACUAUAGGGCUGUUAGUACUGAAACAUGCGCAACAGCGUCUGUGGGAGCGGCUACUGUGGUGGGCAGCCCUAGGCGCGUACGCGGCGUGCACGCUAUUCGCGGUACUGUACAACGUGUUCAGCGGGCCUGUAGACGAGUUACAUUACAUGCCGCCCGAUCCGCCCCCUGAUGUCUCCGGGUUUUGA